AUCAAAUAUAUGUAUAUCAUAUUCAUAAUACUUGUUCUUCAUGUUAUGAAAUAUGUUUAUCUUUUUCAAAUGAACAUGUUAGAAAUAGCAUUGAUAAUUUUGAUAAUACUUCAUUCCUUAGAUCUUUGAGAUUUGGUUUUAGUAUUAAAGAUAUGUUACAUUCAGAAGAUGAUUUAAAAAAAUAUGAUAAUGAAUUUGAACCAGAAAGUUAUGAAAAAAUAUAUAGACAACCAUUCGAUUUAACAGAAAAAUUUACAUUUUUACGAUUAUAUUACAACACUUUAAAAAAAAGAAAGGAAGCAUUGAAAAAGAUUGAAACUAAAAGAGAAGAAAUUCCACUUGAAAGAAUAGAAGAAUUUGAUAAAUACUAUGACACAUAUUCAGACAAUCAAACAUGCUAUUACAGAACAGUUGCAUAUGAGAAUGAUUUCGAAUUAGUUGGAUGGUAUGAAAUAAAUACUUCAAGAAUAUUCAACAACAUGUUAAUUACAUUUAAAGAUAUUAAAAAAAUUAAUUAUUUUGAGGAACCAAAGUUUUAUUACUUUACUGAGAUAUUGAAACAUCAUCAUCUCGAGAACUUUGUACUCAAAAAAGCCAGACUGUUGAAUAUAGAUGAUGAAUUUAUCAGACUGUUAACUAAAACUAAAACAACUUUUCAGUUAAAUAUACAACAAGUGACAGUACGAGUUGUUGAUCAUGACAUUGAUAAAGAUAAUUUAAAAUAUGAAUUUGCAGGAAUCAAUAUGAACAAUCGAAAGAUCAAGAUAUCUCCAAAUGAAACUAUGAAAUGUGAAUUCAUGCGAAUCCCACGAACAGUAUUUCUUGAUUUUUUGGUCUGGGCCAAGAAAACAUUUCAAACAGAGAUUACUAACACUCUCGAUGCAGUACUAAAACGUUGUGGCCUUUCUGGAAAAAUCGAUUUACCAUAUGUGCCUACAAAAAACAGCACAGAUUUACGAUGCAUGUUUGUUUAUGUAAAUGAGAUAAAGUUUAAAAACAACAAACAGAUGUUAGAAAAAUUAUCUGAUCAGCUGUCAAAAUUAAUAAACAUUCCUUUUUCUGAUUGUUUGAAUACAUUUGAAGUUUCAAAAUCAAUGUUGAAAGAUUAUGCGAUAGAGCUAGCAUAUUAUUCCAGAAUCACAUGUGUGACAAUAUCCAAUAUUUUUACUAAUGGUAUUGGAUGUUUGAUACGAAAUUUGCUUAGCAGAUAUGCAUCAUCUAAAAAGAUUUUAGUAUCAUCACGACGCAAAGGAAUUGUUGAACAAGGAAUGUACGAUGGAGGUCUGGUCAUUACACCAAUUAAGAACAUUAAAAGACCUGUGGCAGAUGUUGAUUUCACUUUAUAUUACCCCCAUGCUAUUAUACAAAACAACAUAUCUCUUGAAAAACGUGUAUCAAAAGAUUCAACUAAUUCACAUUUAAAUGUUGUAAUUGACAAUGAUAUUGUUUAUGUAUAUGGCAAAACAGGUUAUAGAUAUUCACCAUUAUAUUAUAAGGAAGUUGCUUCAUCAGUUACAGCAUUUUGCCAAGCAACAUUAAAGAUCAUGAUUAAUUUUGUGAGAGAACAAGAAUUUAUAGUAGUUUAUGGAGAUACAGAUUCUAUAUUUUAUUCAUUGCCAGAAUUAUAUUUCACAGAACUUGAUACUAAGUACUCUGAUGGAUUAUUAUCAAAAAAAGAGUAUUGGGAGGAACAGAUCAAAUUAAUAAUAUUACACUCAAAGAUACUAGAAAAAAAUAUUAAUGAAUACUUGAAACAGAUUAUGAAAUCUACAUACUUGAAGAUGGCUUACGAAAAAACAAUAUAUCUCUUUUUAAUUUUUAGAAAAAAGCAUUAUGUCGCUAUUACUUAUUCAGAUGUGCCAGAUUUAAAUAAUUUAAAUUUAUUAUUAAAAGGUCUCAAAAUUAUCAAACGUAAUGUAUCAGAAUUUUACAAACUAGUAGCAAAAGAAUUAAUAUAUUCUUCACUUGGAUUCAAUAAAAAUUUUUCGAUCAGACAAGAAAAAAUAGACCAAAAAGAAUUAGUAAUACAGAUAAUCACUAACUAUGUCAAUAAAAAAGAAACACUAUUAGACUUGUUUGUUCUUACAGCCAAGUUUGAUCCAACAUAUGCUUCAGUAUUAGCAGUCGAUUUU